AUGUUCCUGAUCACUAUGUUUGGGAAUCUGCUUAUCAUUCUUGUCACCAUCUCAGACUCCCUCCUCCACACCCCCAUGUACUUCUUCCUCUCCAACCUGUCCUUUGUAGACAUCUGUUUCAUCUCCACCACCAUCCCAAAGAUGCUGGUGAACAUACAGACACAGAGCAAAGUCAUUUCCUGUGAAGGUUGCAUCACCCAGAUGCAUUUUUACAUACUAUUUGUAGAGUUGGAGAACUUAAUUCUAACUGUCAUGUCCUAUGACCGCUUUAUAGCCAUCUGUCACCCCCUGCACCAUACAGUCAUCAUGAGCCCUAUUCUCUGUGGACUGAUGGUGCUGGUGUCCUGGCUCUCUGUUGCUUCCUUAUUUUAUUGUACGGGUUUAGGAUUGUAUCUUAGCUCUACUGGAACCCACAGCUCACACCCAAGUGCAAUAGCCUCGGUGAUGUACACUGUGGUCACACCCAUGCUGAACCCUUUCAUCUACAGUCUGAGAAAUAAAAACAUUAAGAGGGAUCUGAGAAGAUUCUUUGGAGUGGCAGCUAUGAAAGGGCCAUUUGUCCUGGGGCUGAGGAAGUGCUGGUAA